AUGGCGGAUCAAAAACACCCACGAGAUUGGUCGACAGCGCGAAAAACGAUUACAACCAUCAUCAUAUGCGCUAUUGGAUUCACCACGACCGUUGGCGCCUCUAUAUACUCUCCUGGUCAUGAGCAAGUACAAACAGAGUUCAACGUAUCCACCACCGUAUCCUUACUGCCAUUAUCCGCGUACUCUUUAGGCCUUGCAUUUGGUCCGAUGAUCUCCUCGCCACUGUCGGAAGCCUUCGGUCGCCGAUUAGUGUAUCUGAUUACACUUCCACUAUUCGAUAUCUUCAUGGUGGGAGUAGGCUUGUCGAAAAAUAUUGUUUCGCUCAUCAUCUGUCGAUUUUUCGCGGGCUUGUUCGCUGCUCCUGGGGUCUCGGUUGCGGCGGCCACAAUUGCGGACUAUACAGCCCCUUCGGAACGAGCUAUACCACUCUGCACAUACUACUCAAUUCCAUUCACUGGCAGCGCAGUUGGUCCGUUGAUCGGAGGUUACGUGGUUGAUGCGAAGGGCUGGCGAUGGACAGCAUGGGUCGUUCUUAUGAUGGCGGCAGUGCUUCAUACGCCAAUACUAUUCCUCCGAGAGUCUCAAACAUCUCUCAGCAAAGGCAGAUCGGAGGGCCAGAUAUGGGGCUCAGCAAAGCAUGUCGUUACAACAACCGUGAUAAGACCUCUACAUAUGCUUGUCACCGAGCCCCUCGUGACUUCUAUUUGUCUAUACACUGGAUUCCAGUUCGCGCUGCUAUACACUUUCGUUGUCGCAAGCCCCUGGGUCUUCCGUACCGUUUACGCCUUCUCGCCACAGUCUCAAGGACUCUCGUUUCUCGGAAUGAUCACAGGAUGUCUCAUGGCGCCUUCGUUCCUCAUAACCGUCGAUCGGUUCAUACAGAGAAAACGACGUUCCAAUCCCCAAGUACCCUCCACCCCCGAGGACCGUCUCUACGCAGCCCUAUACGGCAGCCUCGUCCUCCCGACAGGCCUCUUCUGGUUCGCCUGGACCGCCCAACUACCCAUACACUGGAUCAGUCCAAUAUGUGCCCAGGGUCUGACCCUACUCGGCAGCAUACUCAUCUACGUCCCCUGUAACUUCUACAUGAUAGACGUGUACGGGUCCAAAUUCGGCGCGUCAGCUAGCGGCGCGUCGUCGCUUACCCGGUAUACAUUCUCCGCUGCUUUUCCACUCUUCGUGACGCAGAUGUACGAGGCGCUGGGGGUGGGAUGGGCGACGAGCUUGUUGGGUUUUCUUGCGUUGGCGAUGGCGCCGAUCCCGUGGCUGCUGUAUCGCGCGGGGCCGGGGUUUAGGGCUAGGAGUGCGUAUGAACAUGGGAGUUGA